CCGGCUCCAGAGGCGCGGCGGCCGCGGGAGGAGCAGGCGCGGAGCAGCAAGCGCAGGCCGCGCCGGCCCGACGGGAGCUGUGCCGGGUGGCGGGCCGCCUCCUCCGAGCCGCCUGCGUGCGAGCCGUGUCCCUUGGCCGCCGGCGGCGGGGCAUGAGCGCGGAGGGGCCGCGGCCGCCCCCCGCGCCGCCCAGGCCGUGACCGGGCGGGGGGCGGCUGCACUAGCGCCCGCAGCCGGGGGCUCGCGGAGCCCGGAGCGGCAACCAUGGACUGCAGCCUACUGAGGACGCUCGUGCGCAGAUACUGUGCAGGAGAAGAGAACUGGGUGGACAGUCGGACCAUCUACGUGGGACACAAGGAGCCCCCUCCAGGGGCAGAGGCCUACAUUCCACAGAGAUACCCCGACAACAGAAUCGUCUCCUCCAAGUACACAUUUUGGAACUUCAUACCCAAGAACCUCUUUGAACAGUUCAGAAGAAUAGCCAACUUUUAUUUUCUCAUCAUCUUCCUGGUGCAGUUGAUCAUCGACACACCCACAAGUCCAGUGACGAGCGGGCUCCCUCUCUUCUUCGUCAUCACUGUUACGGCCAUCAAGCAGGGUUAUGAAGACUGGCUUCGCCACAAGGCAGACAAUGCCAUGAACCAGUGUCCCGUGCACUUCAUUCAGCAUGGCAAGCUGGUCCGGAAGCAGAGUCGGAAGCUCAGAGUUGGGGACAUUGUCAUGGUGAAGGAAGAUGAGACCUUUCCCUGUGACCUGAUCUUUCUCUCCAGCAACCGGGCAGAUGGGACCUGCCAUGUCACCACCGCCAGCUUAGAUGGAGAGUCGAGCCAUAAAACUCACUACGCAGUGCAGGACACCAAGGGCUUCCACACAGAGGAAGAUGUGGACGGACUGCACGCCACCAUCGAGUGUGAACAGCCACAGCCUGACCUCUACAAGUUUGUGGGGCGCAUCAAUGUUUACAACGACCUGAACGACCCUGUGGUGAGGCCAUUAGGAUCAGAAAACCUGCUUCUCAGAGGCGCCACACUCAAAAACACAGAGAAGAUCUUUGGUGUGGCUAUCUACACAGGCAUGGAGACCAAGAUGGCUCUGAACUAUCAGUCCAAGUCCCAAAAGAGAUCUGCUGUGGAAAAGUCAAUGAAUACAUUCCUGAUUGUGUACCUCUGCAUCCUGGUAAGCAAGGCCCUGAUCAACACGGUGCUGAAGUAUGUGUGGCAGAGUGAGCCCUUCCGAGAUGAGCCAUGGUACAACCAGAAGACCGAGUCCGAGCGCCAGCGGAAUCUGUUUCUCAGGGCCUUCACCGACUUCCUGGCCUUCAUGGUCCUCUUCAAUUACAUCAUCCCGGUGUCCAUGUAUGUCACAGUGGAGAUGCAGAAGUUCCUUGGCUCCUACUUCAUCACCUGGGAUGAAGACAUGUUUGAUGAGGAGAUGGGGGAAGGGCCUCUGGUUAACACGUCUGAUCUAAACGAGGAGUUGGGACAGGUGGAGUACAUUUUCACAGACAAGACGGGCACCCUUACGGAGAACAACAUGGCCUUCAAGGAGUGCUGCAUCGAGGGCCACGUCUACGUACCUCAUGUCAUCUGCAAUGGGCAGGUCCUUCCGGACUCUUCUGGCAUCGAUAUGAUUGAUUCUUCCCCAGGUGUCAGUGGAAGGGAGCGGGAGGAGCUGUUUUUCAGGGCUCUCUGCCUGUGCCACACUGUCCAGGUGAAGGAUGACGAUCCUGGGGACGAUGUCGAUGGUCCCCAGAAAUCUCCAGACUCAAAGUCCUGUGUGUAUAUAUCGUCCUCGCCUGAUGAAGUUGCCCUGGUUGAAGGUGUGCAGAGGCUUGGUUUCACAUAUCUGAGACUGAAGGACAAUUACAUGGAAAUACUGAACAGGGAGAAUGACAUCGAGAGAUUUGAAUUGCUGGAAGUCCUCAGUUUUGACUCUGUGCGGAGAAGAAUGAGUGUGAUUGUAAAGUCUGCCACAGGAGAAAUUUACUUGUUUUGCAAAGGAGCAGAUUCUUCAAUAUUUCCCCGGGUCAUAGAAGGCAAAGUGGACCAGGUCCGGUCCAGAGUCGAGCGCAAUGCAGUGGAGGGUCUGCGGACCCUGUGUGUUGCCUACAAGCGGCUUGAGCCAGAAGAAUAUGAGGAUGUUUGCAGACUGCUGCAGACCGCCAAGGUGGCGCUUCAAGAUCGGGAGAAGAAGUUAGCAGAAGCCUACGAGCAGAUCGAGAAGGACCUGAUUCUGCUUGGUGCUACAGCUGUCGAGGACCGGCUCCAGGAGAAAGCCGCAGACACAAUCGAGGCCCUGCAGAAGGCGGGCAUCAAGGUCUGGGUGCUCACUGGAGACAAGAUGGAGACGGCCUCAGCCACCUGCUAUGCCUGCAAGCUGUUCCGCAGGAGCACACAGCUGCUGGAGCUGACCACCAAAAGGCUAGAGGAGCAGAGCCUGCACGAUGUCCUCUUUGAGCUGAGCAAGACAGUCCUGCGCUGCAGCGGAAGCCUGACCAGAGACUCCUUCUCGGGACUUUCGACAGAUAUGCAUGACUAUGGUUUAAUCAUCGACGGAGCUGCGCUGUCCUUGAUAAUGAAGCCCCGGGAGGAUGGGAGCUCCUCAGGCAACUACAGAGAGCUCUUCCUGGAGAUCUGCAGGAACUGCAGUGCCGUGCUGUGCUGCCGGAUGGCACCCUUACAGAAGGCGCAGAUUGUUAAGUUAAUCAAAUUUUCAAAGGAGCACCCUAUCACCUUAGCAAUUGGUGACGGUGCCAAUGACGUCAGCAUGAUCCUGGAGGCCCACGUGGGCAUAGGCGUCAUUGGGAAGGAGGGUCGCCAAGCUGCAAGGAACAGCGACUACGCAAUACCCAAGUUUAAGCACUUGAAGAAGAUGCUUCUUGUCCACGGGCACUUGUAUUACAUCAGGAUAUCUGAGCUCGUGCAGUACUUCUUUUACAAGAAUGUCUGCUUCAUUUUCCCUCAGUUUUUGUACCAGUUCUUCUGCGGAUUUUCACAGCAGACUUUGUACGAUACUGCGUAUCUGACUCUCUACAACAUCAGCUUCACCUCCCUCCCGAUUCUCCUGUACAGCCUCAUGGAACAGCAUGUGGGCAUUGAAGUGCUCAAGAGAGACCCAUCCCUGUACAGAGAUAUCGCCAAGAACUCGCUGCUCCGCUGGCGGGUGUUCAUUUACUGGACAUUUCUCGGCGUAUUUGACGCUUUGGUAUUUUUCUUUGGUGCUUAUUUCAUGUUUGAAAACACAACCGUGACCAGCAAUGGACAGAUAAUGACCACCAACACAAGCAUGAUGUUUGGGAACUGGACCUUCGGGACACUGGUGUUCACCAUUAUGGUGAUCACUGUCACACUGAAGCUUGCGCUGGACACGCAUUACUGGACUUGGAUAAACCACUUUGUCAUCUGGGGGUCUCUGCUCUUCUACAUCGUCUUCUCCCUGCUCUGGGGAGGGGUUAUCUGGCCAUUCCUCAGUUAUCAGCGGAUGUACUACGUGUUCCUACACAUGCUGUCCAGCGGGCCUGCCUGGCUGGGCAUCACACUGCUUGUCACUGUCAGCCUCCUCCCUGAUGUCCUCAAGAAAGUCCUGUGCAGGCAGCUGUGGCCCACGGCGACGGAGAGGACUCAGAACAUACAACUUCGGGACAGCAUUUCAGAAUUCACCCCUCUGACCUCUUUGCAGAGCUGGGGUGCUCGGGGCACCAGACCUGUGGCUGCCCAGUGCAGCUCUCCCUCUGGGGGAGUAGUGUGCUCCAGGUGGGAGAGUGAGGAGUACACUGUGCUCCCUCCCCACCCAGGCCUUUCCCACAACACGAGGUAUGGGUGCUGUGGGUCCAGCCUGGAAACGCCCACUUGAUGGACAGACGGCCUUCUAUCCCAGCCUCUGAGAGCGGUGUCCUUGGAUGCCUGUGUGUGCCUGCACCUACCCCACCCGUCAUUCUCAAGAAGGUGGGGGUGGGAUCACAGGUCGCCCACUCAGGCACAGCACACUGCAGUCUAGACUGAGACAGGCGUCAUUGUCCUAGGCCUGGUGACCGUACAGACAGUUGGGCUGUGGAGAAGGACAUGAUGCUUGGCUUCACCCUAAGCAUUGCAGCUAUGAAGCUGGCCUUGCCAGGCCUGAGUGUCCACCUUCUGCCGUUGUCAUCCUCUGCUACACUGGAGGAGAAGACCCUGUCCUUUGCAGCCUUGUACAUCCCGCACACGGGCUUGGCUCGUGCUGCAUCCUGGUGUUCUGACCGCGUGUUUCCUGUGUAAACCACCCACACUUCCCAUGUGGAAGUGGCUGUAUCAGACACUAAGUGGUCUGCGUCUCCCGGACCCGUGGCCUUGCUGUGCUCACAGUCACUGUCCCCUCACGAGCCAUUUCCCUGGAUCAUGUCUGAGUCUGUUUGAUGAGGAGAUGCUGAACCUGCACAUUGGAGCUUUGGAAGGUAUCAGAGUCUCCUUCCUGCCGCCGGCUGCCUGUGGAAGAUGACAUUUAUGUAUAUGGAUAAGUCACACUGUUAAAAUCAGGUCUCUCAGGAGUGUCACCAUAUCCACUACAUCCCAGAACGAUGUUAGUUUAUCUUAUUGGAAAACAUUUGUUUCGGGGGUGCUGGGAAAGGUGGAGGUUUGGGGCACCCAGGCAGGUAUUUAUCUCACCCAGAGGUAAGUCCCAUACCCAAAGCUGUCUGGGCCAGUGUGGACUCACCCUUUCUAGUCUGCUCAGCCUGACUUCCACUGGUGCCACACAGAUCCCAUCCAGGGUUUUCCCUGGCGUGGACAGGCCAUAGGAAGGCCACUGUACUGUGAAUCCCUGCUGCUUCCUGCGCUGGAGUUUCUGUUUCUAGUGGAGCAUCCGACAGAGCUGUAACAGGCCUAACAGAGGGAAGAUGUUGCAGAAAGUGCCAGCCCGAACUUGGGAGAAAGCCAUCCCCAUUCCUGUGGAAUCAUGUGGUGGACCUGGGGCCAUAGUGAGGGUCACGGUCACUGGAGAGCCUGCAACCUGGGAAGCACAAAUUUUGUAACACAGUUAUACAAGGUUUCCCUCCAAACAGUGUGCUUGAGCUGGAGGACCGACAGUCGGAGUAGUUAUUGGACCUGGCAGCUGGAGGGCCGGGUGAAUAUAAACACCACACCAAAGAUGGGGGGAUGGCCUUGAGCUGUGAACAGACAGAAGAAUGCACAGCUGCACUCAGGGCUGUCCCUGGCUUCAUACACCCUCAUGCCCGUUCACCCUCCUGUGUUGCCAUGUGUCAGUCCAGGAUUGGAGCCCCUGUCCACACUAGCCCUUAAGUAGUGGUGUGUGCAUUUUUACAGCCCUUUUUAAGAACCCAAAACAGGUACCAGUAUAAUACCUGUGGGGAGGGGCAGGUUCUCUGUAUGUUUAGUUAACAAAUUAUUUGUAAUGUAUUUUUUUAGGGAUCUUAAAAUUGCCUUUGCACUGAAGUAUUUUCAUAGCUGUUUCUAUGUCUCUUCUUCAUUUGUUGGUGUAUCUUCUGAUUUUUAAGUAUGUUUUUAAAGCUUUCACUUUUUAAGUUUAGGAGAUUUUGGCCACUUUAAAUGCUGGUGAACGUUCCGGCUGAAUGUUUCCAUGUCUGAUGGGUGAGCCUCCUGGUUCCCCUCCGUGCCUCUCUGUUCCAUGGUGUUCCUGGAGAAUGACCGGUUGAAGGCAUGCCGAGGGUGUAACCAUUGUCUUUCUUGGUGGGUCACCAUCCUUUGCAUUUUCAUGUUUUCUGUUUUUUUAUUUCCAUCCUUCAGCCUUAAACACAGAAUAUUCUUCCUGCAGGCUCUACGUUCUGCAACCCAGUCUAGGUGUGAGGAUACUCUCUCACACCCUACCCCCCAUAGCCUAAGUUUACAUAGGAAUACCCCAGGCUUUGUGCACACUCCAAUGUUUUUUUAAAUUGUGCUUAGGAAAUUACCACGUGAAGGUGCCUAAGAGUUUGAAAUAGAUGAGGGCACAGGUGAAAUGCAGAAACGAGACCGAAUGUGAGUGCAGAAGAUGUUCCGCCCCACCUCACAGCGGCUGCUUCUUACUUUCCUUAAAGCCAAUAACUUUAACUCAAAUGAAGCAUCUUCUUAAUUGCGUUGCACAUGUAACGUAUAUUGGCCAGAAUUCAUGGUUCUGUUACCUACAAGCAGUUCAUCUCAUGUAUGUUCUCUUACUUUUUGCCCCACAUACUUCAUGGCCAUUUACAAGCUAGUAUAAACAUGUAUACAUAUGUGCACACACACAAAAACACACUGCAUUUUCCUUCCAGCCUCCAUUCUGGUAGCUCUGUGCAGAGAUUUUGCCCUCUGCAACCAUCAGGCUCCUUGCAUUCACACACACACACAACAUCAGACUCCACCAUCAGGCUCCUUACAUUCACACACACACACAAACCAGGCUCCUUACAUUCAUUCACUCACACACACACACACACAAACCAGGCUCCUUACAUUCUCUCUCUCACACACACACACCAUUAGGCUCCUUACAUUCACUCACACACACACACACCAUCAGGCUCUUUACAUUCACACACACACACACCUAGGAAGGGUGCUUGGGCUGUGGGUGACAGCAGUGCUGGACUGACCUGAGGACCUCCCUCUGUUCCCUCAGCCCAGCCAGCAGGAUCCAGGCUAACCAAUGCAAAGCCGCAUGCCACCCUGAGUACGGGUGUCUACCCCUUGCUAUUAUGCUAGCUAGGAAAACAUGACCCUCAAUCCCAGCGAUAUAUUCCUGAGUACAAGCAGACCAAAGGCCCUGCCCAGGGAGCUCCUGGAUAGGAGGAGGCUCUGAAGGCUGAGUUAGCAGAGUGGGGGAUGACACCGCCAGGACUGGAACCAUGGGGUGACUUUGAGUGACUUUGAGUGUCUCUCCUGAGAGCAUUUCCUCUGGUGGUCUGGAGAAAGCUCCAGCCUGGGCCUCUGAACUCAAGCUCAAGGUCUGUCUGCACUGACUGGUACUGGACUCAGCCAACCACAUUUAUUUCAUCUUAAUGUAAUUCAUCGGCAAUGCCACAGAACAGCAGGCCCUUGUGUUCUACAUUUCUUUUUGGAAAUUUCCCACAUACGACUGUAAAAACAGGAAAAACAGUCCCUUGGCGAAUGCAAUCCUUUGUAUGAAGAGCUAGAAGACGGGUGAAUAGACAGAGCGGUUCUGAUGCUGUUGUCUGAACAAAGCUUUAACGAAGAGGUGUGUGUUGGAAGUGUUGCGAAAGUGUGCUAAUUUUGCAGAAAAAUGUCUAUCAAUUUAUAUAGCUUUAUUUUUUACCUUAUCAAGAGAUGCAGAAUUUUAAUAUGCAUAUAUUGUCUUAAAUCAUGUUUGUCUGCAUUACCACUUAAAAUGUCCAUCUACAAUGUAAUGUAAGAAUAAGAGAGAAUCAAAGAGUAUUUAACAUGAAUGGUUAUCUGUAGCUGUCAUCAUCAUAAGUACCGGGAUUUAUUUUAAAUUAUCAAAUAUAGUAAAUACAUUAAACAUGUCAUUCUCCAACACUAAUGUUUAACUGGUAGCCCAAUAACCUGCUUUGAAAAAUUAAAUUGUGAAUUAAACCAGA